AUGUGCUGGACGGGACUUACUGUUUUAUGGAACGUCGGCUUCAUGGUAUGGAGAUCUCUCGUCUGUACUUUUGGGACUAACGGGACACGUAGCGAGAGCAUAGCUCCAUACUGUGUUACCGACUAUAAAUACGCUACCCUCGGGGACCAGAAUCCGUUCUUGACCUACAUCGGCUGCGAUGCCUCGUCGGCGCGGGAUUAUUACUUGGCUACUGCCACGACCACUUCGACUACUUUGACUACUCCGUCCACGUCGACCGCCUCAAGUUCUGUCUCCUCCAGUACCGUGACCUGCUCGAGUCAAGCCAUCUCGUGCCCGCCGCCGGUGCCGCCAUCAGGCAGCAAGGCCUGGAUUGCUGGUGCGGUCCUUGGGCCUAUUGUACUACUCGCAAUUAUUGGUGCCCUCAUUUGGUUUCUAUUAGGAAAGAAGCGAAAGCAAAGCCAGAUGCCACCGCAAACGCCAGCCCACACUGGGCACCAGUUUGGAGGACAACCACAACCAAUGCAACAUCACAUGACCGCACCAUCAAGUCCACCGCCGAACUACGGUUGCAGUCCGCUGGGCAUGAACCCCCACCCGGGAGGAUGGAACGAGCAGAAGACGUUCGCACAAGUUGGACACCCGCAAGAGACGGCCGAGGUGCACGGAAUGUCAUCGCCUAGGAGCGGCGCCCAUGAGAUAGCAGGCUAAUGAGGCAUCACGUAGACUUACGUUGAGCCCACGAAAGUUCUGAAACAUUUUGUGAUUUGACGAACUUGUGUUAGUCUUGUGGAGCCUGGCUGUUAUCUGAUCUGACU